AUGGCUAAUGUUGCAACUGUCCCCUGUCAGUAUAAAACGGGAAGAACUCUUGGACAAGGAACUUAUGCUGUUGUGAAAGAGGCACAACAUAUUACAACUGGUCAGAUGUAUGCAGUUAAAGUUAUUAAUAAAAAAUUAAUGGAAGGCAGGGAACACAUGGUUAGAAAUGAGAUUGCAGUGCUGAAACGAGUUUCGGCGGGGAAUAAAAAUAUUUUGACAUUGUUUGAUUAUUUUGAGACUAUGAAUAAUCUUUAUUUAGUCACGGAACUUGCUGAAGGGGGUGAAUUAUUUGAUCGUAUUUGCGAAAAAGUCUUUUACUAUGAACGUGAUGCUGCGAAUCUUGUUCGUAGUGUGACAGAAGCAGUUGCUUAUCUCCAUGAAAAUGGAAUAGUCCAUAGAGACUUAAAGCCUGAGAACCUCCUUUUUCGUACACGUGCCAAUGACUCUGAUCUUCUUGUUGCUGAUUUUGGCCUCUCUAAAAUCAUCGAUUCGGAAACGUUUCAUGUGCUUACCACUACUUGCGGUACACCUGGUUACAUGGCCCCAGAGAUUCACACCAGGGAAGGACAUGGAAAACCAGUGGACUUAUGGGCAAUUGGAGUGAUCACUUAUUUCCUACUGAGUGGUUUUCCACCAUUCGAGAGGGAAAGCACCCAGUUGGAAACUAAAGCAAUUUUAGAAGCUGAUUAUAAAUUUGAACCUGUAGAAAAUUGGGAAGGGAUUUCUGAUACCGCAAAAAAUUUCAUAACGAGUCUUUUAAACCGCAACCCACAAAUGCGGCCAACAGCCAUAGAUGCACUUCAUCACCCAUGGCUCUCGUCCAUACUACCUAGUCCGGUCGACAUUCCUCGUGAUUUAUUGACCAACGUUCGUCAAAACUUUAAUGCACGUCGUACUUUUAAAAAGGCCGUAGAUGCUGUUAAAAUGAUUAACACUUUAACGAGAAGUAAUAGUUUGGUGGGGUUAUUGGAGAAAUCUCGUGCUGAGGCUGAUGAAAAUGUAGAUCGUGUGCUUUAUUAUGAUUGA